AAUUAAUUAAAUGGGAUCAGCUGAUCCUCUCAGAACAAAUAAAUUGACAGAGUUCCUGCAAAACUGUCUCCGGCAAACGGGACAUUAAAGAUACAAUGCAGGGUAUAUCUUGUUGUGCGAUAGCAGCUGUGCUCCUCUGCAUAGCCUGGGCGGCGCCUCACGACGGCGACCACGCCGGUCACACGGAAGAACUCUUCCACCACCUCCACCACGCUGCCGGCGAAACCCACCCGAAGCACAGCCAUGGGGAAGAGUCCUGCCACCUGCUGACCCCCCACAACGCAGAUUUCGCCUUUGCCCUGUAUAAGAGCCUGAGUAAAUCCAACACAGGGAACAAGAACGUCUUCUUCUCUCCUCUGGGCAUUUCUACUAGUCUGGCUAUGCUGUCCCUUGGGGCGAAGGGAGACACCCACAGCCAACUGUUCUCUGCUCUGGGCUACACCGGCUUGGCACCCGAGAAGGUGAACGAGGCAUUCGAGCACCUCAAUCACAUGUUGGGCCACACCGAUGAGGCCAUGCAGCUGGACAUGGGCAACGCCGUGGCCCUGAGAGAAGGCUUCAAGCCCGAGCCCAAGUUCCUGGAGGACGCCAAGCACUUCUACGCCAGCGAGGGCUUCACCGUCGACUACAGGGACCCGGCCUUGGCUGCUGCAGAGAUCAACAAGUACAUCGCAGAGAAGACGGCGGACAAGAUCAAAGACCUUGUGAAGGAUCUGGACCCUGAAACGGCCAUGGUGCUCAUCAACUAUGUCUUCUUCAGAGGCAAGUGGGACAAGCCCUUCGACGCCAAGCACACACAGAAGGCUGAAUUCCAUGUGGAUGAAAGCACCAAGGUUGAGGUGGACAUGAUGAUGAGGUCUGGUCGUUAUGAGAUGUACCAGGACCAGACCAACUUCACCACUGUUGUCCUGCUGCCUUACAGAGGCAAUGCCUCCAUGAUGGUGAUCCUGCCUGACGAGGGCAAGAUGGCGCAAGUGGAGGCCUUCAUCAACAAAGAAUACCUCAAGCAUGUGCACAGCAGCCUGUACAGGGGCAACGUGGAUAUAUACAUGCCCAAGUUCUCAGCCUCUACCACUUACACCCUGGAUGACAAUCUGAAGGAGAUGGGCGUGGUCAGUGCCUUCAGUGACGCCGCUGACCUCUCUGGCAUCUCUGAGGCCACCACAUUGAAGGUGUCGAGGGUGAGCCACAAGGCUGUGCUGACUGUGGAUGAGAAGGGAACUGAAGCGGCUGCCGCCACUACGAUAGAAAUAAUGCCCAUGUCCCUCCCAGACACCAUCAAGCUCAACAGGCCCUUCCUGAUGUACAUCCUGGAGGACACUACCAAGAGCAUCGUCUUCAUGGGCAAGAUCACCGACCCCACUGCCCAGUGAACGAGGCUGAGAUGGAGUGGAAAGGAGAGAAAAGAGAGUGGAAAGCUCAUUUGAGGAGAUUUAAGGAAGGUCACUUGUGCUGUAACGUAUGGUGAAACAUAUGUAUCUGACUUUGCCGUUUGCAGUAGAGCAUUCAAGUGUUUGUCAUUUUGUCUAGGCAAAGUGGCAGACAUUUAUAGGGGGGGGGGGGGUGAUAUCCUACAUGUGUUUUUGUAUUCACUUUAUGCCUAGAAUCAAAGAUCUUGUGUGUUUGUGUGGUUCUGUUAAGCUGUUACUGAUGUCCACGCCAGUCUGGUGAAAAGCAUUUUUGCAAGCAGCUUUGUGUCAUCAUUAUGUCUCCUUGAGUUGUCUUCAGAUAAUCAAGUAGGACAUAGGGUUUCUAUAGCCUUUGUGGAGUGGAGGCUAUAUACAACUGUUUUUGUGAAACACAUCUAGUUAGGUAAUAAAAAGUCAAAACACAAA